GGGAGAGCGGAUAUAGUGAAUGCGGGGAGACCAGGGUCAGGGGAGAGCGGAUAUAGUGAAUGCAGGGUCCGGGGAGAGCGGAUAUAGUGAAUGCAGGGUCCGGGGAGAGCGGAUAUAGUGAAUGCGGGGUCCGGGGGAGAGCGGAUAUAGUGAAUGCAGGGUCCGGGGAGACCAGAUAUAUAGUGAAUGAGGGGUCCGGGGAGAGCGGAUAUAGUGAAUGCAGGGUCCGGGGAGAGCGGAUAUAGUGAAUGCGGGGUCCGGGGAGAGCGGAUAUAGUGAAUGAGGGGUCCGGGGAGAGCGGAUAUAUGAUAUGAAGGGCAGAGCUGCUUCUUCGGAAUAAUCAUUCCUGGAUGGACGAAGGUACAAACCAACAAUGGAGUUGAGCUGUUGGCGCGGUUCCAGAAACGGUGAACGGGGCGCGCUGCCAGCUCCAUGGAACCACUUAAUAUA